AUGACCUACCGCACCACUAUGGACCUUCUCUUCAAAUCACACACUUUCAUCCCCAACUAUGAGUGUGGCUUUCGGAAAGGUCUCAUAGGAAUCGUUGGUGGACUUGGUUUGGAUACCUCCUCGUAUGUGGCAGACCUUUCCAGCCUUUACAAGAUUCCACAGAUUCACAAGUUCCUUCAGAAGAUCUCUUUUAACAACAGUGCUGGAGAUGAAAUUCAGUUUAAUGAGGAUGGGGAACUAGUAUCUGGAUUUGAUAUAACAAACUUGAUUACUUUUCCAAAUAACUCCUAUGCCCGAUUGAAAGUUGGAAUGCUGGAUCCUCAGGCUCCUUUAGAGAAAGAGCUCACUAUUGAUGAGGACAAAAUCAAGUGGCACAAAUUCCUCAUUCAGUUCAAAUUUCCUGUUGACCAUGAGGAUGAAUAUGAGAACGAUGAUGAUGAUGUUUAUUGGAAGGUUCCUCCCAUUUCUCUGUGCAAUGACUUCUGCCAUCCUGGAAAAAGCAGGAAAAAGAAAGAGGGGGAGAAAUUUUGCUGUUAUGAUUGUGUUUCAUGUCCUGAAGGGAAGAUAUCGAACCAGGAAGCCGACAUGGAUUGCUGUAUUGCUUGCCAAGAAGAUCACUAUCCAAACAAGGGACAAAAUCAAUGCAUUCCUAAGAUUAUGAGUUUUCUAUCCUCACAAGAAAAUACGGGGAUAAUUUUAGAGUUUUUGUCUCUUUUCUUUUCUUUGAUCACGGCUCUGGUGCUCCUCAUCUUUCUUAAGUACCAGGACACUCCCAUAGUCAAAGCCAACAACAGAAGCCUCACCUACAUCCUACUUGUCUCUCUCCUUCUUUGCUUCCUCUCUUCACUGCUCUUCAUUGGACAGCCUAACAAGGUGACCUGCCUCUUCCGACAAGCAGCUUUUGGCAUCAUCUUCUCAGUGGCUGUUUCUUCAGUAUUGGCAAAAACCAUUAUUGUGGUGGUGGCUUUCAUGGCCUCUAGACCAGGAAACAUUUUCAGAAACUGGAUGGGAAAAAGUCUGGCAUAUUUGAUUGUCUUUGUAUGCUCUCUUAUUCAAGUAAUCAUCUGUGUUACAUGGUUGGGUACUUCUCCUCCAUUCCCAAAUUUGGACAUGAAGUCACUGACUGGAAAAAUCAUUGUAGAAUGUAACGAAGGGUCAGUCACCAUGUUUUAUUGUGUCUUGGGCUACAUGGGGUUCCUGGCCAGUUUCAGCUUCUCUAUGGCUUUUCUAGCCAGGAAAUUACCUGAUAGUUUCAAUGAAGCCAAGUUCAUCACAUUCAGUAUGUUGGUCUUUUGCAGUGUUUGGUUCUGUUUUGUCCCAACCUACCUGAGUACAAAAGGGAAAUAUAUGGUGGCUGUGGAGAUCUUCUCCAUCUUGGCCUCCAGUGCUGGAUUAAUGGGCUGCAUCUUUUUACCCAAAUGUUAUAUCAUUAUCUUGAGACCUGAUUUGAACAGCAGAGAGCAACUAAGAAGGAUUUAA